GGGUUGUUUGAGUAUCAGAACAUCUAAUAGGUUUCAUUCAUAUUCAUCUGAAUAAUAAAAUAGUUUUUCAUUCAUACACCGAAAAUCUCAGACAUAAGAGGAAAGAUGGUUAUUUUUUACUUUCCUUGUUUGCUUUUGUUAACCAUGUCCUCAAGUUAUGGCUUUGCAGAUAUAACCACAUCGAGUCCUUUGUCAAUAAGACAAUCUCUCAGCUCUCCAGAUGGAUCCUUCGAACUAGGAUUCUUCAGUCCGAACAGCUCCCAAAAUCAUCAAUACGUUGGAAUCUGGUUCAAGAGAGUCACUCCUCGGGUAUACGUUUGGGUAGCUAAUAGAGAAAAUCCAGUCACGAGCUCCACGGCGAGUCUUACAAUCAGCGGUAAUGGAAGUCUCGUCUUGCUUGAUGAGAAACAAAAAGUUCUCUGGUCAUCUGGAGAAGAAGCUCUCACAUCUAACGAAUGUCGUGCUGAGCUUUCAAACUCCGGAAAUCUUCUUCUCAUAGAUAACGUUACUGGAACAUAUAUAUGGCAAAGUUUUGAGCAUCCUGCUGAUACUAUGCUUCCUCUGUCAUCGCUCAUGUAUGAUAUUCCUAACAACUCGAGGCGUGUGUUGACUUCUUGGAAGAGUAACACAGAUCCAUCUCCUGGGGAGUUUCUAGGAGAGCUUACUACAGACGUUCCACCUCAAGGACUUGUAAGGAAAGGCUCGACACCUUACUGGAGAAGCGGGCCAUGGAGGGAAACAAGGUUCUCAGGGAUACCAGAAAUGGAUGCAACAUAUGUAAACCCAUUACAGGUGGUCCAAGAUGUGGUGAAUGGCACAGGAGUUUUGACAUUUUGCGCACUAAGAAACUAUGAUGUGUCAUACAUCAAGCUAACAUCAAAUGGGUCACUGGAUAUUCACCGUAGUAACGGUGGCACCACCGGCUGGAUUAAGCAUUUUCAAGGUCCUUUAAGCUCAUGUGAUCUCUACGGUACAUGUGGACCUUAUGGUUUGUGUAUCAGGUCGGUUAGUACACCAACCUGCAAAUGUUUGAAAGGGUUUGUGCCCAAGUCAGAUGAUGAGUGGAACAGAGGAAUCUGGACUCGUGGGUGUGUGAGACGAACAGAGUUAUCAUCAUGUCAAGAAAACUCUUCUUCAACAGCAGAAACCAAAGACACAACAGACAGGUUUUACCGUGUUGCCAAUAUUAAGCCUCCGGAUUUUUACGAACUGGCAAGCUUUGGUGAUGCAGAGCAAUGCCGUCAAGGAUGUCUCCGCAACUGUUCUUGCUCGGCCUUUGCCUAUAUUAAUGGAAUUGGAUGCUUAGUGUGGAACCAAGAGCUAUUGGACACGGUUCAGUUUAGUGAAGGAGGAGAUUUUCUUUCCAUCCGUCUUGCACGUUCUGAGUUAGCUGGAAGCAAGAGAACCAAGAUCAUCGCUGCUAGCUCUAUCAGCCUCUGCGUGUGUAUAAUCUUGGGGCUUGUGGCAUUUGGAUGUUGGAGAUACAGACUUAAAGAAAAUGGUGAAGCUCGUGCAUGGGAAUCAUGGACUGAAACCGGAGGAGUUGAUCUGUUGGAUCAGGACAUUGCUGAGUCCGAGUCAGAUUCAGUUGAGGCAGUGAUGAGAUGUGUUCAGAUAGGUUUGCUAUGUGUUCAGCACCAAGCAACGGACAGACCAAACAUCAAACAAGUUGUGACAAUGCUGACUUCGACAAUAGAUCUUCCAAAGCCGAAACAACCAAUGUUUGUUUUGGAUACGAGUGACGAGGAUUCUCUGUCUCUUAAAGACGAUACAAUGUUGAAAAGACAUCGCUCCUGUGUGGAAUUGUUACCCCACGAUGUGGUAGAGCUCAUCCUCGAGGGACUUCCCGUGGAGUCUCUGCUACGAUUCAAGUCUGUGUCCAAGAAGUGGAAAUCGACAAUCGAGUCCCAACGUUUCCAAGAAGGACAAUGGAUCCGUCGCAGGCAAUCACGAGGUCCAGAUUUCCUUUGCAUGUGCCUCAAUUAUCCUAGUAGUAGUGAUGAUGAUGAUGAUGAUGAUGAUGAUGCUGAUCUGGACACAGAUGCUCCAAGAAUUGGUUAUCAUGGUGAUGAUGGUCCUGACACAGAUGCUCAAAGAACUGUGGUGGUGGGGUCAUCAAUAGUUUCUACGGUAAGGUUCCCUACUUCAGGAAGCAUGUUUUGCUAUGGUAGUUGUGACGGUCUAGUAUGCCUCUACACACUCUCAAUGUGCACACCGAGUGUCAGCGUCGUGGUGAAUCCCGCGACUAGAUGUCAUCGAAGUUUUCCUCUUUCAACCUAUCAACAGCUUCUCAGCAAGAAGUUUAGAUACCCAAGUCCUGAGCUUGGAUUCGGUAAAGACAAAGUAAGGGGAACGUACAAGCCGGUGUGGUUAUAUAAUUCAUCCGAGCUUGGUCUAGACAACGUUACAACUUGUGAGGUAUUCGAUUUUAGCACCAAUGCUUGGAGGUACGUUGUCCCUGCUUCUCCUUUUCGGAUUCAUCCUUACUCGAGGCCCCCGUGUAUUUAG